UAUGCGCGCGUGUGUGCGUAUGUAUGUGUGUAUAGUCCGCUGUUACUCUCCCACUGGCUGUUAUGACCUGAGCAGCUACCGGGUCGCUCUCCCCUGUCUCCACUGCUGACCACUGUCUCUAACAGUCUGCCCGUUUCCUCGAAGCCUCUCGCACCUUGAGCACCGUGUUGUUUUAUGGUCGCAUUGCCGCUACGUUAUCCGUGUAGCUGCUAGCCUCCGGGACUAGCUGGCUAUCAAAGCAGUGAGUGACAGAGUGGAGCCAGCUGGAAGAACGUUAGCACACAAGCUAAUCAGCCUGAAAGACUGAGUCUGGAUUAUUGUGUUUAAUCUUAGAGAGGAGAGCAAGUGACUGCGGCAAAAUGAAGAUAACCGUGGAUUUUGAGGAGUGUUUGAAGGACUCCCCGCGCUUCAGAGCCACUAUAGAGGAAGUGGAGGGGGAUGUGUGCGAGUUGGAAUCCAAGCUCGACAAAUUGGUGAAGUUGUGUAUCGGGAUGAUUGAUGCUGGGAAAGCCUACAAUGCAGCCAACAGGCAGUUUGUUAGUGGGAUCCGGGAGCUUGCCCAGCAGUCCACCAGAGAUGAGGUCAUUGAGUCCAGUCUCACAAAGUUUGCCGAGAGCCUGCAGGAGAUGAUCAACUAUCACACGAUAUUAUUUGAUCAGGCCCAGAGAUCAAUCAAGACCCAGCUCCAAACAUUUAUCAAAGAUGACCUACGCAAGUUCAAAGAAGCAAAGAAGCAUUUUGAUAAAGUGAGUGAGGAGAAGGAGACUGCACUGAUAAAGAAUGCUCAAGCACCUCGCAACAAGCAGCAUGAGGUGGAGGAGGCCACCAACAUCCUCACUGCCACACGCAAGUGCUUCCGACACAUUGUCCUUGACUACGUCUUACAGAUUAAUGUGCUACAAUCCAAGAGAAGAUCAGAAAUAUUGAAAUCUAUGCUGUCCUUCAUGCAUGCCCACUUGACAUUCUUCCACCAAGGAUAUGACCUCUUCAGUGAAUUACAACCUCUUAUGAAGCAACUUGGAGGACAGUUGGACCAGCUGGUGGUGGAUGCUGCCAAAGAGAAGCGAGACAUGGAGCAGAAACAUUCUACCAUCCAACAAAAGGCUGCUCUGCAGGAUUUCUCAAAUGAUGACUCCAAGCUGGAGUACAAUGUGGAUGCAGACAACGGCAUUGCUAUGGAGGGUUAUCUGUUUAAGAGGGCCAGCAAUGCCUUCAAGACAUGGAAUAGGCGUUGGUUUUCCAUCCAAAACAACCAGCUAGUUUACCAGAAGAAAUUUAAGGACAACCCCACAGUGGUGGUAGAGGAUCUGAGACUAUGUACAGUCAAACACUGUGAAGACAUAGAGCGUCGCUUCUGUUUUGAAGUGGUGUCACCCACCAAGAGCUGUAUGAUGCAGGCAGACUCAGAGAAGCUGCGUCAGGCCUGGAUCAAAGCCGUCCAGAACAGCAUCGCAUCUGCCUUCCGAGAUAAGGGAGAAGAUGGCGAGAAGCUGGACAGGAAGUCGUCCACAUCGACAGGGAGUCUGGACUCAGGUGGAGAGCCAAAGGAGAAGUCACUGAAAGGAGAGAGUGCCCUGCAGAAGGUCCUGGCCAUCCCGGGUAACACCUGCUGCUGUGACUGUGGCCAGCCUGACCCUCGCUGGGCUAGCAUCAAUCUGGGCAUCACCCUCUGUAUACAGUGCUCCGGCAUCCACAGGAGUCUCGGGGUGCAUUUCUCUAAGGUUCGGUCUCUGACUUUGGAUACAUGGGAACCAGAACUACUAAAGUUAAUGUGUGAAUUGGGGAAUGGAGUGAUCAACCAGAUCUAUGAGGCUCGACGAGAGGAGCUAGGAGCCAGAAAACCACAGCCAGCAGACCCGAGACAUGAGAUGGAGGCCUACAUCAAAGCCAAAUACGUGGAUCGCCGGUUUGUGCGUCGGCCGUCAGACGAGGAGCUUCGCAACAAAGUGGUUUCUCUGAGCAAACAAGAGAAGAGGCUGAGCAGCAGCUCUGAUCAUCUGCCCCCAAGGCCGCCUCCACCUACACCCAAACUCCGACCUGGUUCAAAUAGCUCAGGACAGACAGCUGUGGCCAGUGGCUUGGAGGCCCGCCGCGACUCUCUCUUCUGUGCUGACGAGCUUGACUCACUCUUCUCCUACUUUGACAACUCCUCCAAGCUCAGGAGCAUAAAAAGUGCAGACAGUGGUAUUCAAAAUAGCGCUGAUGGAAGCAGGGAAAUGCUGGCCACUACUCCAUCCAGUAACAGCCUGGCAGAUGCAGAUGCAGCUGAGUCUCCACCCAUGCCCAUGCCUGCAACACUUCCUCCUCCAUCACCCUGUAAGGAGAUGGUUUUCUAUGAGCCCAAAGAGUACAGUCCAGGUCUGCAGCUGUACUGGGCUUCAUGUGCCCGCAGUCUGCCAGACAUGGCAGAGGCCCUGGCCCACGGAGCUGAGGUCAACUGGGUCAACACUGAGGACGACAAGAGGACACCGUUGAUCAUGGCAGUGCAGGGUGGUUCACUCGUCACCUGUGAGUUUCUGCUUCAAAAUGCAGCUAAUGUGAACCAGCAGGACGCUCAGGGUCGAGGACCCCUCCACCACGCCACCAUGCUGGGACACACAGGACAAGUGUGUUUGUUCUUAAAAAGAGGAGCAAACCAAAAUGCUGCAGACAUCGACGAGAAAACACCAUUAACUAUAGCGGUGGAAGCGGCCAAUGCUGACAUCGUCACUUUGUUGCGACUUGCGAAGAUGAACGAGGAGAUGCGAGAGGCAGAGGGGCCGUACAGCCAGUCAGGAGACGAAACCUACCAGGACAUUUUCCAGGACUUCACCCACAUGGCCUCCAACGACCCGGAGAAGCUCAACCGCUACCAGCAGUACGACUCGCAGCGACCCUGACGCUACACUGCACCAACACCGUCCACUAGCACUUAGGAAAUAAAGACACUGUCCAAGCACCAACCGAGCAGAGACGUCUGCCUCCACAUGCAAAAGUCACCUGAUCAUGUUCCUCUCCAAACAUCUGCCUUAAAGCCGGUUAGUGCCACCACAGCUGGACAUGGCUGAAGCUCCCGUCCAUCAAUUUCAUUUUGAUUUGAAAGGGAAACCUCACCCUUUUUUUUGUUUGUUUGUUUUUGUUGAACUCCGUUCCUCGGUAGGAUUUACUGCAACAAGUGUUGAAGAGAAAUCAAAGAAAAUCAGGUGAUGAUUCAACUCAGUCUGAAUGUAGAGGUGCUGUUGGUUAUUUUGUCGGGGUUACAUCAACAGAAAGUGUCUCUCUUUUUUUUAAACAUUAAAAAUCAGAUGUGUGCUGCAUCACUUGUAAAGAUAGACUUAGUUACUACCUUUUUAAUUUUGAAGUGCUUCCUCUUGCAUAUAGGAUCGUCUUGAUGAGUUAAAGCAUUGUUUUUUUUUUAAUCAAGGUUUUGUUUUUAAUGAGCUCUCAGCUGCGUAUUCAUGGCAAUAUGAUUUCACGUGUUUGCACAAAUGUCUUUGUCUUAAACGGCCACUGAUGUUUACCACUUUUGAUGGUAAGACUUUGACGUGUUCUAAACUGUACAGUGAUAUUAUGGAAGUAAACGCGUUGUUUACGUAUUUGGUUUUUGAAUAGGUGGUAUUUAAAAAAAAAAGAAGACAUUUUUAAAUGAUUUUAAUUUUGUCAGCUGUGGGUUGUUGUUUUUUUGCUUGAGUCAGCAGCAAUCUGCUCUUCAGCUUUCUCUAUUUUGUGGAAUUAAAAUGGCGAGAGAUAAUUAGUAGAUCUGGUCUCAUGCCGAUGUAGGACUGAAAAAUUAAGACAGGAUCCCGUCCAGGAGUGAACAUGACACUAUACUUACAUACAUAUCUAUCUAUAUAUAUAUAUAUAGAUAUAUAUAUAUAUCUAUAUAUGUAUAUAUAUGUAUAUGUAUAUGUAUAUAUACAUAUACAUAUAUAUACACAUAUAUAUAUAGAUGGAUUAUUUCUUUCCAUAUUACUUUUUUUUGCUAAAUCUUAAUUUAUUUUUUGUAACACUUUCUUCAGACGUUUUUGAUAAUUACAGGGGAAAUAUGAACAGCUCCUUCGAAGUUAUAAUCCUAAAGAUUACAGUCCUUGUGGCCACGGUUACCAUGGUAACAUGAAACGGCUUCACUCGUCCUCAAUAUUUACACUUUGUGGCGAGAUGUGAUGUGAGAGGAAAUAUUUGGCUGACGCAACAUGGGAUACAAUUCUUGUACAUUUUGUACAGAUGCAUUAGAACCAACGUAUAAAGUUAGAGGUACUUGAAUCAGUAAUUUUAGCAUAUUUUAUAUAUUACUGCCUGUCUGUACACCAUUAUACAUGUACUGUAUAUUCUACCUGUAAUGUUUAAGGACUUCAAUACACGUGGACAGAGAUGAUU